UCAUAGUCCCACCUUGGGCUUUGUCUCGCCGUGUUGGGCUAUGGCGUCGAUUUUGGCCUGUAUGUCGCGUAUCUCCCUCACCGACAUGCCCCCAAUAACCACACACACAACCACAUCCGCGCUGGCCGGCACGAACCGACCCGCCUGGGUGGCGCCUCGCAGACCAGUGGCAGCAAACAGACCCCUGUAACACAACACAACUCGGAAGGAUUGAUCGUGUGAAGGCAGGAAGAUUUCCUCUGUGUGUGUGUGUGUGUGUGUGUGUGUGGUGACCUGGCUGCGAACGAGACGAGGUCGCCCAGGGAAGCCCCUUCCACAGGAAUGAUGUCGCAGGGGGCGCCACUGGCCUGGUGGGGCCGGAGCACCUCGUCCACCACACGACACAGCCACAGCUCGUCAGCAUGGUGAGACGGUGACCCCUCUGACUCGAUAAACACUUUCCUGAUAGAUCCAUCCAUCCAUCCACACGUGAGCACUUCCGUCGUUUUUCGUGUGGUAUCUAUCGUGCAUUAGACGUGCCUGAGUUUGGUCUGGAGCAGCUCCCUGGCAUCACGGACGGCACUGAGGCGGCCCUCCAGAAAGUCGCGCACAUCGGCUGCACACUCACGCACAAUCCAUCCAUCCAUCCAUCAAAAGGGAUUCACCUCAUCCCUUGCUCAUCUCCUGACUGACCUUGUGAGCGCGCUGCUUUGGUGGCGACGUGGUUGACGAUCCAGUCCGAGAUGCUAACUGAGUCGGGGUCCUUGAUGCCCCAGACAUCAGGGCCCCUCCUGGACGCCAGUGCAGUCAUCAGACACGCCAGCGAAUCGAACACAAAGGCCGCAUCAGCCUCCCCAACGUCAGGCUGCGCACCUGACCGACCAAAGGAACACACAACACAAGAUGGAUCGGGAGAAUGGCUGGGUGCUGCUUGUCUGUUGGCCUGCUUACGUGCCAGUGCCGCUGCGGUGUAGGAGCCACCGAGAAUCGCAUCCACCACCUGAGCGGGAGGGAACAGACGACGAGGCAACAUGCACACACAGCCAAUGAAUGCCCCCCCAGCGUGCCUGCCUGCCUCUCAUUGCACAUACAUACAUACGUGUGAGAGCAGGUCUCCCUCCAGAUACACCGGGAGAUACACAUCCAGCAGUAAAAGGUCAAACAGCACACGGAACACCUGCAGUGCACCGCACACACCAAACACACACACACACACACAGACAGUCUGUCUGCAUUCAUUGUCCAUCCGUCCACCCUUCAGGGCUCGCUCACCUUGCCCAGCCGUGUGUGUCGCGUGGCCUUCCUGUGUGAGAGCGCCUCCGCCAAGGAAGCCAUAGGCUUGCUUCCCCCGCUCCCCCCUCCCCCCUUAUCGACACCCACACCCACGCCCACGCCCACACCCGCCCCAGCCUCCCCAUUGAUGCACGCAGACACCUCAUCCAGAAUGGUCGCCAGGUCCUCGUAGUCGUCGCCAUUCCUCCCGCCCUUGAGUGAGAGUUUCUUAAGGAGGGCGGUGAGCAGGUCGCGCAUCGACGGCUGCACUUGCAGCAGGUCGGGGCGAAUGCUGAUGGAUGGAUGGAUCGAUGGAUGGGACACAAGAGACAGAGUUGCGGGCUCUCUUGUUUGUUUGUUUGUUUGUUUGUUUGUGAGUCGUACCUGAGCAGCUGUUGUAUAGCAGCAGAUGCGUCGCUGGCUCCGACAGGCUUCUGCCACGACCACAGAUCACAUGACGCUUUCCCGCCACGCAUCCCUGCCAGCCGACAGAUGCCCUUCCGCCACCCUCUCGGCUCUGGUGCAUCCUCGCCCACACCACCACCACCACCCUCACAAGCAGCGGCAGCAGCAACCGGCUCCUCUGUCGGUGGGGCGGCCUGCUGUUGGACGGUGGGGUCUGUGUCCUCCAUGUCCAUGUCGAGAUCGAAAUCCCAUCCGCCGCCCGGCGCCUCGCUGGACGGCUGGUGCUGGGGGCUGCUUUCGUCAGACGGCACGUAUUCUGCUGGCGGCUUGAGCGCACCGGCCAAUGCGGCACAGUUGCGGAACACCUUGCCGAACUGACAGAGAGGAAAGGAGAGAGAGAGAGAGAGCGAGUGCUGCUUUGGCGUGUGGGAGGGGAGGGCUGUUGGCUUUGUUUGUCUCACUACCGCGUCAUGCGAGGUGGCUGGUGUGCCUUUCUCGGCCCAUCGCAGAGCGUUCUCCAUCAUGCAGUCCCUCACCGGCUCGCAAGGCGUCGACAGAUCAAGCGUCUGUAGCGAGCAAGCCAGCAGACACAGACAGCAGCAGGACAGACAGUCCACACACGUCAGUCAGUCAGUCACCACACAGCAGGCAUCCCAUCCGCUCACCCGAUCGAUGAGGACGACAGCCACCUCCUGGCCCCAGCCCUUUGCUGCCGCGGCGUGUGAGAGCCUGUCCACCACACACCGGCCGACCAUGGCUGCCGACUCUCCUAGAGCAAAGACGCGGGGCGGCUGGCCGCCCGACAGGUCCUCUGCGUGGCUGACGAUGGAAGCAGCCAGAUGGCUGAACGACUCCUGCGGACAGACAUACAGAGAGGGAAGUGUAUGCAGCUUAGGUGGCCCUCCCGACCCACCCUUAGUGCCCGAGGGAGGGAGUCGACGGCCAUGUCGCUGAGGGUGAUGCUCACAUGCCCCACAUGACCACCGCCACCUCCUCCUCGCAGAUGGCUCCGCUCACUGCAUCCCAUGCAUUCAGUGAGUGGAGACAGACAGACAGACAGACAGACAGACAGAUGCCCAUCCAUCCAUCCAGCUCGCGUCACGUCAUACACACAUUUCGACUUGCUUCUGUAUCCUGGCGAUGUCGUCAGCCAGCAGAGGCAACAGACCACUGCUGCCUGAACACACACAUGGCGGAAUGGAAUGGUCUGUGACUACCCAUGAUCUCGAUGGAUGCUCACCGUGCAUCACUUUGAAGCUCGGCGUCAGCACAAUGGGCGGCACGCGACAGGGCAUGAUGGUGAUGUGGAUGGACGAUCGGCUGCUCCGAUUGCGGGUCGCCGUAGACAGCAGUUUCUCCCUCAGCCCAUCGAAGCUGAAGGCGGCCCUGCCCACACACGUCGUCAUGUGCUGGAUGUGCUCGCUCUCCUGACACACCGCCGCCAACACACACACACACAAGGCCCUAAGAUCCUUCUAUCGCCCAUUGUGUGAGCAUACCGUGAAGUGCGACAGCACAGUGAUGGCCGUGCACUCCUCCACACACGCCAGCGCCUCAAGUGACCUCUGCAAAGGCUGCACGAAGCCGCUGACGACACACACGACGGAGCCCCGCCACACACGCACCAUGCUGGAACGAGAGAGGGAGGGAAUGCACUUGGGCUCAUCCGGCAGAAGGAACGUUGCCGCAAGCGGGACGGCGGUGCCAUCGGCAGACGAGAGGAAUGGGUGGAGGCCGAGGGAUGCAUCGCGGUCCAUGAGCAGCACGGCGCCGUCAGCUGAUGCCUUGUGGCUUCGCAGCCAAUGAACAACGUCACUCGGCGCCUUUGAAAUGGGAGAUGACUCGAAGAGGUCUGACAGCCGCCGAGAUGACAU